AUUUACUAACGGCGGGCGUAAUCACUAGUUCACAAUGAGUUGGAACAAGAGGAACACUAGUCACAUAUCCAUAUACAACUACCCGGAGCAUCUAAAUCCAUUCUACGAAGAUGACAAUCACAAACGCCUCAGAUUUUUUGGGUUCAGCAAAAAGAAGAACGAAAAUGGCAGACAUAGUCUGUCGAUUGGAAACUUGCAAGAAUUGUGGAAAUCGUAUUCUUUUCGUAAGAAGAAGUCUUCAACGUUAGGCAUAAACAAAACAUCGGAGAGCCCGCCCACUCUUAGACGAGAUCUAAACGAUAAUUCCUAUAUGAACUCUAGAGUUUUUCGUGGCGACCGUCACACAUCCCUGCAAGAUAUUGAUAGACGACGGGAGUCGGACUCAUUGUCCUCAAAUGGGAUGUUCUUCAACCGCAAUGAUCGGUACAGGAGCACAACGCAGUUUUCCGGAUAUCCCUCGGCAAACAAUCAGAGUAUAAGAUUAUCACAAUCUAGUCUAGCCAGCUCUAAUCCCUUCGAGUCGCAGCCGGAGUCCUGUCCUAGUUCCCCGAUGAGCAGUCGAAGAUAUCGUAAGAAGAGGAGAGCUCCGCCGCCGCCAAAACUAGUGGUCCAAGAUUACCUAGCUACCAAAGACAUUGAGUCUCUUGCCUCUGAAAUUGACGCGUUUGUUAACAACCGAAAAGAAUCUUUAAUAAAACAAGAAGUUGUCGAGGAGGUCCCCAAAUCAAAUGAACCAACAAUUUUGAUUACUGCACCAAUCUCCGAUAGCGAACCUAGCCCCAGCACAUCCAGAGCACCACCAACCUUCAGUGUCAGGCAAUCCAAUGGAUACGGCACGGCCAUUGAUAAGGAAAAGGUCACUAUCUUCGAAUGCGAUAACAAUACUAAUACCUGCACCUCCCCAAAACCGGAAUGUAAUGGCACCGUGCACAUAAAACAGACCAUUAAACCCGAAACACCUAACACACCUCUUCAGAUACGAAAAGUCCGCACACCUAAUAUUGCUGGCCAGCCCACUCCCUGCACCUCCAAAACUCCCGAGUGCAUCGCCAGCGUCCACAUAGAGCACUCUUCUGAACACAUAUCAGUGUGCUCCGAACGGAAGCCCAAUAACGAUGUGAACCAAGUCAUCAAAAAGCCAAAUGGUGCCAUACCUGUCGGCAUCACAGAAGAGCCCUUAGUUGUUAAGGAAACUCCAAAGACGGCAGAACCUCCGAAAUAUGCUGAGAUCGCCAAGCAAACGGUCGUCUUGGUGGAUCCCGAAGACAGUAGUGGCUCCUCCACAUCCAAAACACAACAGUCCAUUGCCAAUGAACAUGCUAAGCUGCCCGCUGAAUGCGAAACUUUGAGCACAGAUCCUGAGCCAGAUGAUAACACGUAUGUGGAAGAAAGGAAAACCAAUUCAUUCGGCACGGUCAAACAAAUUUCACAGAUUUUUGAAGAGAACAUUACUAGUUCCAGUGGUUCUAGUCAAGUACCCAAAAAAGAAGUCCUCCCCACAAAUGGUGCAAUAUCAAAGAAAACAGAGAAUCAUGUUGUUUCCAAUGUAAUUCAGCCGAUCCCAGCUGAAACCAGCGACGUUUUACAAAUAAGAGAAGAGUUUGAGCUGGAAAAUAAUGUAAGAUAUCGUGAGAGACCCACAAGCGAACGCUAUAGAUCUUCCAUAUCGGCGGAACGGGAAUCAAAUUCCACGCCCACGCCGAGGAUGCGGAAGAAGAAGUCCAUCAAGGAAGUGCUAGAGUCCAUAAGCAGGAAUCAGAAGAUUCUAAACGAAAGCGCGGCGAAGGGCACAAAGGUCUAUUUAACACCAACCUAUGCUGAGAACAAUUACAACUAUCCCAAUGAGUUAAAUAAUGUUAAUAAUAGAUCGUCCAAGGAAGUGACGUCCGCCAAUAUUUCAGUUAGCACAUCGGAUACCAAUGAGCUACCAUCCCAAAGUAACUUGUUCAUAAGCAAAAUAAGCAAGUUUAAGGGCCAAUUCAGGGAGUCAUCUCCCACUUCGUCGAACUUGGAUUGGAACCCACUACCGAAGCCAAGUCGAUCCCAUAACUCAGCUAGUUCUAACUUCAACAACGGCUCGUGCUAAUGAGUUCAAUAAAUUACGCUGUACACAAAUAAUAUUUAUAUUAAACAUAAACCAAAUUUAUACGCAAUAAAAUAAAAACGUACUUAUGAUAA